AUGACAUCUAAUAAUGAUAAAAGAAUGAAAUCUUUAUCUCAAGUGAUUACAGAGGAGCUAGCAAAAAAAAUGGAGAAAGCAUUGCUAAAAGUAUUGGAAAUGGCAAUAUGCCAGAAUUUUAAAGAGAGUAGUAAAUUUGUUAGAGAUCAUCUUACCUAUUUAAAAAAAUUGCGAUUGGCAGAAAAUCCUAACGGAUAUGCUAAUUAUAUUGCAAGAAAACUAGUUCCAGAUGAAAUAUCAUAUAAUACAAGAUUAGAGAAGAUUCAAGCAUACCUUUAUUAUGAAAUAUCUCAGGAAGAAAAAUGUGAAAUAUUUAAAGAUAAUGCGAAAGGAAUUAUUCAAGAACUUCUUAACAUGUCACUUACAGAUGAUUAG